AUGGACACGAAGAUGGGUUUUCCAGGUGGUGGGGGGGGUGGAAAGAUGUGGCACAUAUGGUGGGAGAAGAUCUCAGGGCAGGGUUGCAAAAUUCACCAACAGUACUACCAGUAUAUUGGCUCUAAGAAAGUGAAGAGAGCGUUGUGGAGGAAGCUUUUGCUGACAUGGGUGGUGGGUUGGAUUAUAGUAUCUUUGUGGAUCUUGUGCUACAUGAGCUUGCAGGGUAUUGAGAAGAGGAAAGAGACUCUGGCAAGUAUGUGUGAUGAAAGAGCUAGGAUGCUUCAGGAUCAGUUUAACGUCAGUAUGAACCAUAUCCAAGCCAUGUCCAUUCUGAUCUCCACCUUUCACCAUGCCAAGAACCCUUCAGCCAUCGAUCAGAAAACUUUUGCAAGGUACACAGAAAGAACAGCUUUUGAGAGGCCUCUUACAAGUGGUGUUGCAUAUGCUGUAAGGGUUCUCCAUUCUGAAAGGGAACAAUUUGAAAAGCAACAAGGUUGGACCAUCAAGAGGAUGGACACUCUAGAGCAGAACCCGGUUCACAAGGACGAUUAUGCCCCAGAGGCAUUGGAGCCAUCCCCCGUCCAGGAAGAAUACGCUCCUGUCAUCUUUGCACAAGAUACAAUUGCACAUGUGAUUUCUGUUAAUGUGCUUUCUGGAAAGGAAGACCGUGAGAAUGUGCUGCGUGCAAGAGAAUCAGGCAAAGGGGUUUUAACUGCUCCCUUCAGGCUUCUCAAAACAAACCGUCUAGGGGUUAUCCUGACAUUUGCUGUCUACAAGAGAGAUCUUCCAUCAAAUGCAACCCCAAAUGAAAGGAUUCAAGCAACUGAUGGGUAUCUUGGGGGAGUCUUUGAUGUUGAGUCAUUAGUGGAGAAAUUACUUCAGCAACUUGCUAGCAAGCAAACUGUAAUUGUUAAUGUGUAUGAUACUACAAAUCAUACUCAUCCAAUUGCCAUGUAUGGUUCAAACGAAUCAGGCGAUGAUUUCUAUCAUGUCAGCACUCUUAACUUCGGAGACCCUUUUAGGAAGCACGAGAUGCACUGUAGGUUCAAGCAGAAACCACCAUGGCCGUGGUUGGCAAUAACUACUUCAUUUGGUAUCCUUGUUAUUGCAUUCCUUGUCGGAUAUAUUUUCCAUGCCACUGUGAAUCGAAUUGCCAAAGUAGAGGAAGAUUGCCGUGUGAUGACGGAACUUCAGAAACAAGCUGUGGCUGCUGAUGUUGCAAAAUCCCAGUUUCUUGCUACUGUUUCCCAUGAGAUCAGAACACCAAUGAAUGGUGUUUUAGGGAUGUUGCAUAUGCUUAUGGAUACAGAUCUAGAUGUAACCCAACAGGAAUAUGUCAGGACAGCACAGGAAAGUGGAAAAGCUCUGGUGUCACUUAUAAACGAGGUUUUGGAUCAAGCUAAGAUUGAAUUUGGCAAGCUAGAGCUUGAGGCUGUACUCUUUGACAUCCGGGCAAUUUUGGAUGAUGUAUUGUCACUAUUUUCUGAGAAGUCUCAAGGAAAAGGAGUAGAGUUGGCAGUUUAUGUGUCAGAUCAGGUUCCAGAAUUAUUAGUAGGUGAUCCAAGAAGAUUUCGACAAAUAAUUACCAAUCUCAUGGGUAACUCAAUUAAGUUCACUGACAAAGGACAUAUUUUUGUCACUAUCCAUCUUGUUGAGGAAGUUGUCCAUUCAAUAGAGGUUGACAAAGAAUCGAACUCAGAAAAUACUUUGAGUGGUUCCCUUGUUGCUGAUAGUCGCCGCAGCUGGGAAGGAUUCAGGGCUUUCAGUCAAGAGGGACCUCUUGGUUCCUUCUCAUCCCUCUCCAAUGAUCUUGUCAAUUUGAUUGUAUCUGUCGAGGAUACAGGUGAAGGCAUUCCUCUUGAUUCUCAACCCCGCAUCUUCACCCCAUUCAUGCAGGUAGGUCCAUCCAUUUCCAGAAAGCAUGGAGGAACAGGUAUUGGCCUAAGUAUUAGCAAGUGUUUGGUUGGUCUUAUGAAUGGAGAAAUUGGAUUUGUGAGCAUACCCAAGAUUGGAUCCACAUUCACUUUUACUGCUGUAUUCACCAAUGGUCUCCGCAAUUCAAAUGAGUGUAAAAUUCAGCAAACCAGCAACCAACAGUCUGCAUCUUCAGAAUUUGAGGGGAUGACUGCAUUAAUUAUUGACCCAAGACCUGUUAGAGCAAAAGUGUCAAGAUAUCACAUCCAACGGCUUGGCAUUCAUGUUGAGAUAGUUUCUGAUUUAAACCAAGGUUUGCUAACCAUAAGCAAUGGGAAUAUAGUUAUUAAUAUGGUCUUGAUUGAGCAGGAGGUUUGGGAUAGAGAUUUAGGCUUGUCAUCUCACUUUGUCAAUAAUACAAGGAAAAUUGAUCAUGGUGUUCCUCCAAAGCUGUUCAUUCUUGUUAAUUCUAGUACUUCUUUUAAAGCUAGUGUAAACACGGAUGCUGAUAAUCCUACUGUCAUCACCAAACCUCUGAGAGCAAGUAUGCUUGCUGCCUCACUACAACGAGCCAUGGGUGUCCAAAACAAGGGAGCUCCUCGAAAUAGAGAGCUUCAAAGUUUGUCUCUUCGCCAUCUUCUUCGUGGCAGGAAAAUUCUAAUUGUAGAUGACAAUGCUGUGAACCGUGCUGUAGCAGCUGGUGCGUUGAAAAAGUAUGGAGCAGAUGUGGUUUGUGUUAGCAGUGGGAAAGAAGCCAUCUCUUCCCUGAAGCCACCCCAUCAGUUUGAUGCCUGUUUCAUGGAUAUUCAAAUGCCUGAAAUGGAUGGUUUUGUAGCUACAAAGCGAAUUAGGGAGAUGGAAGAAAGUGUGAACAGAGAAGUAUCGAUGGAUGAGAAUGUUACAAACUGGCAUGUACCCAUUUUAGCCAUGACUGCAGAUGUGAUACAGGCUACACAUGAGAAAUGCCUGAAGGAUGGCAUGGAUGGAUAUGUUUCAAAACCAUUUGAAGCUGAACAGCUCUAUAGAGAAGUCUCGCGAUUUUUCCAGUCAUCUUGA